UCAGCCUUCGGUUAGGUUCGGUAAGCGUGUAGCCUGUAGUAGACUAGAACACAGAGAACCAAAACAAAGAAAAGACAGACAUGUCCGGGACAGAUACAGUGUUAGUCCCGCUGUCAGAGUCUCAGAGGGACAUACCCGGUCAGCCUUACUUCGUGUCCGUUCUCAAGGUCGGUUACUGUCUACCUCAGACCGACGGGACGUUUCGAGCCGACGGGACCAUCACCCUCAUUACGGGACCAAAGACAGUUUUGGUGGACACCGGAGGACCCUGGGACCGGGAAUUCCUCCUCAUGUCCCUGAAGCAGAGGGCUAUAGAGCCGGGAGACAUUGACCUGGUAGUUGGGACUCACGGGCAUUCAGACCACAUCGGAAACCUGGGUCUUUUCCCAAAAGCACUGAUCAUUGUGGGUUAUGACGUCAGUGAAGGGGACACGUACCGUCAUAACGAGUUGGCACGCGGACAAGCUUACACAGUGGAUGAGCACAUAUCUGUUGUUCCCUGUCCAGGCCACACAGGUCAAGAUGUCAGUGUCCAGGUAAAGGGAACCUCAAUGGGAACAGUGCUUGUUGCAGGGGACUUAUUUGAAAGCUGCUCAGAUGGGGACACCUGGAGAGAUCUGAGUAUGAACACGGCAGUACAGGAGGUCAGUCGCCAAGAGGCGUUACGAACUGCUGAUAUCAUCAUACCGGGACAUGGACUACCAUUUAGAGUCCUCAGGAACACUUGAUUCACCCCUGGAGAAUCUUGCUGAAAUCAUGCAAAUGCAUGACAUCAAGAUAACGCCCUAUGACCGGCAACAACACUGUUCACUUCUAUAUACAUAUACGAGACAACACAUAAAUCAGGCAAUAUGUCAGAAAACUUGUCUCUUCGCCAGCAUGUAAGUGAAGAUGGUGGAUAGAUGUUGUUCCAAAACAGUUGGAGGCAGGCUGACAGGAGAACAUUUUACCACAUGGAUGCAGAGAGAUGGUGGAGGCACUGCUAUGAAUGGUGUCCACAGCGAGCAGAAGAAGACCAAGCUAUGGAGAUCCUGGUGCUUUUUAGGUAUCUGCUCUGUCAAGGUUCCAAGCAAGCUGAGCCAGUACUAAAAUGUGGUACCAUGACCUAAUAGAAACUACGUGCCUGAUACCCAAACUGAGUAGUGUCAUGUCAAGCCAAGUAGUGCUAGAACUGCAUAAUAGAAAAGCUAGUAAACAAUGCUAUCAGUAUAAUUUUACUUCUGUGUUGAACCUUUACUCACAAUUAAAUAUUCAUUAACUGUAAA